AAGUCAUGCUGUCUUAAAACGGUUGUGUUACAAAGACAUCUCUCCAUUUCCAUCGAUGUGACUUGAAUUAUGUAUGAAUAUUUAACACACCAGUAGGGAAACAUUUACGAAAGUAGAACUGAGUUAGUGGGACUUCGUGUUAUUUGUGCGUGUUUGCUGGGUGUGUUACGAGAACUUACUAACCAAAGGUGACAGCUAGCUGUAUUAGUUUAAGAGAGUUUUAUCUCAAAUCAAACGGUAAAAGAGAGGAGACGUGAAAAUUGUCGAAAGCAGUGAUCAGAGGUGCGCGGAUACUAAAAGCGCGUAAAAUUUGUAUCUGGAAUUAACUGUAGAUGCUUUAUUGUCGCCGUUUGUUUUUCAAUUAAGUGUUAAUUCUGAGGAGUGACUGACCUUGAAUAUCUAUUAGACGCGUAGUUAUCCACGAAGUCAACUCCCUGUUUUUGAAGAUGACCACAUCAAACACCAUUUGGAAUGAGUGCGUAUCAAAGAUGUAAUUGGUUACUGCGAGACAUGAGCUACAUUUGUAAUUGUGUAAGACGGUUAAAUUUGAGAGAGUGACAUCUAACGAAGCAUAUGUAAAAAACUUAACAGGAUUACGAAGAAUUUCUCAGCUACCAUGGUCUCAAUGGGCUCCAUAAAACGGAUUUUGGAGAAGAAGAUCAGUCCAGGAUCGUUGGGAAGUGGUGACGUGGCUCGACCUGCAAAGCAAGUUACAGUAACGCAUCCAGGCACAACCAAACCCAAGCCCACGGGCACUACUAGGAAGAGGGUUUCAACUCAAGCAGAUCUUGAUGUAUCAAAAGAAUUCAGUCGCUGUAAGGAAGAAGGAGCCACAAGAUUAGACCUCACAAAAUGUAGUAUUGUUGUUCUACCAUCUUCAGUAAAGGAGCUGACCCAUUUAAAAGAGUUUUACCUCUACAGUAAUAAACUUCAAACACUGCCGCCAGAGAUUGGAUGCUUAGUCAAUCUUGAAACAUUAGCCCUUAAUGAAAAUUCUCUUACUAGUUUACCAGAUACAUUGGCUAAUCUCAAGCAGCUUAAGGUUCUUGAUCUUCGACAUAAUAAAUUAAAUGAGAUUCCUGAUGUUGUUUACACACUGACUUCUCUCACAAUAUUACAUUUAAGGUUCAACAGGAUACGUGAAGUAGGAGAAGAUAUAGCUAAUCUAGUUAACCUGUCAAUGCUCAGUCUAAGAGAGAACAAAAUAAGGGAACUUCCUGCUGGGGUUGGGAAGUUGACAGUUCUUGUUACGUUUGACGCUUCCAAUAACCAUCUAAAGCACCUACCAUUUGAAAUAGGCCAGUGUUCUCAGCUGUCAUCCCUUGAUGUUCAACACAAUGAACUUGUAGAUAUCCCAGAAUCCAUAGGUCAGCUGAAAUCUCUGACUAGACUUGGUCUUCGAUAUAACCAGCUGACUUCUAUUCCACAGUCACUCAGCAACUGUGUCAAGUUAACCGAGUUUAAUGUUGAGAGUAACAACUUGUCUCAGUUACCAGAAGGACUGCUCUCUAGUCUAUCUCACCUAACAAGUCUUACUCUUUCACGAAAUGCUUUCACAUCAUAUCCCGUUGGAGGACCCUCACAAUUUUGUUUUGUAUACUCUAUCAACAUGGAACACAAUCAAAUAAACAGAAUUCCUUUUGGCAUAUUUUCUCGUGCCAACAACUUAACCAAGUUGAAUAUGAAGGACAAUAAGAUCACAUCUCUGCCACUUGACAUUGGCACGUGGACUUGCAUGGUGGAGCUAAACCUGGGCACUAACCAGCUGAGCAAGAUUCCUGAUGACAUCCAGUUCCUCCAGUCACUAGAAGUUCUAAUUCUCAGUAACAAUCUCCUGAAGAGACUUCCUGUAACGAUGGGGAACCUACGGAAGUUACGGCUGCUCGAUCUAGAAGAAAAUAAGUUAGAAGCUCUUCCAAAUGAGAUAGGUUAGUCAUCUUACUAGAAGAUUUAAUAAUGCAGAGUGAUUAUAGAUGCACUAUUGAUUAAGGACUUGAGUGUUUGUUCCAAAAGGUAUUAGUUAAUAUGUCAUUUCUGAGUUAUAGUUUAAUGUGAGUUAUUUGUGAUGGAAUAUUAUAGGUAAGUUAUUUUUUAAAGAGUGAUGACAGAAGUGUUUAUAUUUGUGGAAACUAAAUUCUGGUAAGAUAUAAUGAAACAGAAAGGAAGGGUUAAACUAUCUGAAGAAUAACUUAAGUACAUCUUGAGUUUGUACACUAA